AUGGCACGUAGAAAUAUCAAUACAGUUAUACGCAGAAAUAAUCGUAAUGAGGCAACAAAAAGAGAUCGUAAAAUGUCAUCUUCAGUAUCACAAACAUUUGUUCCUCCGAAUGAACCAGAAGAGAAGCUUUACUUUCCAAAUGAUGACUAUGAUACGGAUAUAGCUCCUGGAUAUAAUUCUAUUUUGAAAAUUAUUAUUUCCUUACGUAUUUCAUCAGCUUUUUAUGGUUUAAUUAUGGAUUGUGAUGAAGUAUAUAAUUAUUGGGAACCUUUGCAUCUUUUUUUAUAUGGAAAUGGGCUUCAAACAUGGGAAUAUUCACCUUUAUAUGCAAUUAGAUCAUAUUUCUAUAUUUUUCUUCAUUCAUUACCAGCUCAACUUAUUAUAAAUAUUUCACCUCAUUCAAAAAUAUUUAUAUUUUAUUCUAUUAGAUGUAUUUUGGGAAUUAUAAGUGCAUCUGCCGAUACAUUAUUAUACUAUGCUUUGUGUAAAAAGUUUGCUAAUUCAAUUGGUAUAAUUUAUAUUGUAUUUACCUUAUUAGCACCAGGAAUGUUUAUUUCAUCAACAGCAUUUCUACCAUCAUCUUUUAGUAUGAUUUUAUGUACAUUAACAAUUGCUGCUUAUUUACGGGAAAAAUUUUUUAUUGCCAUAUUUUGUACAGCAAUAUCAGCACUUUUAGGUUGGCCUUUUGCGGCUGUAUUAGGUUUUCCACUUGUCAUACAUAUGGUAUUUAUUUACAAUAAAAAAUAUUUGUUGAAAUUUAUUAUUUAUGCAGGAAUAUCGGGACUUUUAAUAUCUGUUCCAAUGAUAUAUUUUGAUUCUUUAUAUUUUGGUAAAACUGUAUUUGCUCCACUAAAUAUUGUACUCUAUAAUGUAUUUUCAAGUCAUGGACCAGAUUUAUAUGGAACAGCUCCAUUAACAUAUUAUUUAAAAAAUUUAUUCUUAAAUUGGAAUAUUGCAUUUCCAUUAUUAUUUUUAUCAAUUCCUUUAUCAUGGUUAGAAUAUAACAAAAUUAGAAAUGAAAAAGCAAAAGAUUUUAAAAAAAUAAAUUAUGAGUCAUUUAUACCAUUACUGUUACUAUUUUGUACACUUAUGUUAUGGUUCAUAAUAUUUUUUUCACAACCACAUAAGGAAGAAAGAUUUAUGUUUCCAGUAUACUCAUUAAUAGCAAUAUUAGCUGCAGUAGCAGUUGAUGGAAUAUCAAAAAUGUUUAAGAAUAGUACAGUAGUAAUACUUAUAAUUCUAGGUAUUUUUGGAGGAUUUUCAGUGACAAGAAAUAUUGCUUUAACAAAAUAUUAUUCAGCUCCAAUAACUAUAUUCAAAGAAUUUAAUGAUUAUAUGAUUGAACAUUCAAAAGAUUUAGACUUUUCAGUCAUGCAAGAUCCCGUUAAUUUAUGUAUGGGUGAUGAAUGGUAUGAAUUUCCUUCUUCAUUCUUUUUACCAUAUAAAGUGGUAGAUAGAUUUAAUCGUAAAAGAAGUGUCAAAUUACAGUUUAUUAAAUCAGGAUUCAAAGGAUUAUUACCAAAAUAUUAUGAACAAGGUAAAUUACUGGAUGUAACAAGAAAAAUUCCAAGUUACAUGAAUGAUAAAAAUGAAGAAGAACCUUCAAGAUAUAUAUCAUUAUCAUCUUGUGAUUAUCUUGUGAAAUUAAACAAAAAUAAUAAUAAUUAUAAAGAACUUAGUAAUGAAUUUGUUCCUAUAAUCAGACAACCUUAUCUUGAUACUGAUAAAACUUCAAGUAUUUUUAGAGCUUUUUAUACACCAUUAUAUUCAGAUGAAGCAUUACAUUGGGCUAGUUAUGAAAUAUUAAAACAUAGAUAA